AUGGGUGUCAAAGAAGUUCAUAUAAGUAAACGUAUUAAGGAAUUAAGGUUGAGAUCAGCGCAGAAGUACAACAUUUUUCCGGAAAAGUGUCACAUUGGACAUCUUGUAUUGCAAGGCAUGUUGGAGCAGCCUGACAUGUUGAAUCAGAUCGAUGCAGCAACCGGUACCAGUGAAACGAACCUGUCAGUUGCAACUCGAAGCAUGCGGCUAGCUAGUGCAAUGAGUAAUUAUGGAUUACAACCCGGCGAUGCGGUAGUCGUAAUGGGCCCCAACCACUUGGAUAUAGCUGUUCCAUACUAUGCAUGUCACUUUCAUGGAUUCUCAAUGUGCGGAAUGGAUCCAAAUAUUACAUUAGCCGAUCUUAAGGAACUUUUCCCGUACAUUAAUCCAAAAAUGGUGUUCUGUCAAACAAAUAACGUGAAACACGUUAAAGAAGCGUUCAUAAGAAACAAUCAGGAGGGGAAAAUUGUAAUUUUCGACGACGAGAGCGAUAACUUGGAAAAUUUUAUAAAGGCAUACAACGGCACUGAAAUUGGCUUCCGGCCUAACGAAUUCAACCAGUCUAAAAUAGCAGCAUGGUUAAUGUUGACAAGUGGGACGACGGGACUUCCAAAAGUAGCAAUUAUACCAUACGAUACUGUACUAAACGGAAUACGAUGCUGGUGGACACCAUUCACAGAUCCUUUAGAACUAACUCUGACAAUGUCAACAUUCCAAUGGUUAUCUUCACUCGUAUUAUUCAUUUCUGGGCCCCUAAGAUUAUAUACAAGACUUCAGAUGUCUGUUCCUCUAACACCACAACUUCUCAUCGUCACAAUAAACAAAUACAAGCCUCAUGUGACUGCUUGGACGCCUUACUUGUUGGGACAAUUUUUACAUGGCACCGAGAAAAUUUGCGAUCUGACCUGCUUCAAAUACAUCCUUAUAUCCGGCAGUACUGUUGAAAAACCUCUAUUAGAUUUAAUGAAAUCCAGAACUAAUGCAUUUCUGUAUUUAGUCUACGGAAUGACAGAACUUCUUGUGCCGGGUUUUAAUUAUACGCGAUCAACCCCAUUGGGAUCAGUUGGAAAACCUUUCGAAUACAAUGAGUAUAGGCUAGUGGAUGAUAAUGGUUUUAAUAUAGAAAAACCUUUCAAAAGUGGUGAACUUUGGAUAAAAGGAAAUUCUUUCUUUAAGGGAUAUUUAAACAAUCUUGAAGAAACUAGAAAAAUGUUAACAGAAGAUGGGUGGUUAAAAACUGGUGACAUAUUCUACAAAGACAACGAUAAUAAUUACUACUUCGUCGAAAGAAAACGACUUCUAAUCAAAAGCGCUGGACAUUUUAUAUCGCCGUUGCAAUUAGAGAAUAUUAUCAAGAAACAUCCAGCUGUCGCCGAGGUAUGCGUUGUGGGCAUACCAGAUGAAUUCCUAACUGAGGUGCCAGUAGCUGCUAUUGUAAAGAAAAACGGUCAGCAGAUAAAUCCACAAGAGAUCUUCAAUUUAAUAAAAGAAGAACUACCGGAUACUCGGCAGCUACACGGUGGUUUCUUUUACGCGCCUGGGAUACCAGUAACGGCUUCCGGGAAAAUGCAUCGAGUCAAAGUAAAGGAAAUGGCUUUUGGUGCUCACAGGAUUUUAAUAAAUGAUUUGAAUGAAUCUUAA